GCAUCCGGCGUCUUACCGGGGCCUCCCCCGCAUUUUGUGUUGCCUCGAAAGCACAUGAUCCCCGCAACCGCGAUCCGGCGAAAGCAGCCUCGGUCAUGGGACAAAUUGGCUCGCCGACACUGUUUAUAAGAAGCCUGAGGCUGUUCGAGGAAGUGGUCUCACAUCCUACAGACGCGACCGGCAAGCCUCGCGCAUUUACGAGUGCGAGUGGCAUAUAAACACUACAAAUUGUUUCAAACAUGCUAGCUGUACGCCUCGCGUCCUCCCCCUCUUCCUCCAUCUCUGCUUCACGCCGUCUCGCCUCCUUUGUUCGCCAUAUGUCUUCUCACGAAGUUGUUAUUGUCUCUGCUUCGCGCACCCCUGUCGGCUCCUUCAAUGGCACGCUGAAGGCCCUGACCGCCCCUCAGCUCGGUGCCAUCGCCCUCAAGCAUGCGAUUGAGAAGUCGAAGGUUAACCCGGACCUCAUUGAGGAGCUCUACUACGGCAAUGUCGUCCAGGCCGGCGUUGGCCAGUCGCCUGCACGCCAAGUCUGCGCGAGCGCGCAGAGCAUCCAGACGGGUACAAGACUCGUCAUAAUUGCCAAGGCUGACACGGUCGCUCAAACGCCUUCUAGAUUCCUCCUUCCCCGCCAGAACCCCGCAUUUGGCAAGUUCGAGACUAAGGACUCCCUGCAGACGGACGGGCUCUGGGAUGUCUACAACGAUUUCGCAAUGGGCAACUGCGGCGAGGCGGCAGCGGAGAAACACCAGAUCACUCGCGAGUCGCAGGAUGCACACGCUAUCGAGUCCUUCCGCCGUGCCGAGCGCGCAUGGAAGGCGGGCGCGUUUGACGCGGAGAUUGCGCCCGUGACGAUCAAGGGCAAGAAGGGCGACACCAUUGUUGCGGAGGACGAGCAGUACAAGCGCGUCAUCUACGAGAAGAUCCCCACCCUCAACGCUGCAUUCAAGAAGGGUGGAACGAUCACACCCGCAAACUCAUCACCACUGAACGACGGCGCAUCUGCUCUGAUCCUCAUGUCUGCAGAGAAGGCGAAGGAGCUUGGUGUACAGCCUAUUGCGAAGAUCAUCUCCUACGCGGAUGCUGGCCUUGACCCCAUUGACUUCCCCAUCGCCCCUACCGUCGCGCUCCCCAAGGCGCUCGAACGGGCAAACCUCAAGCUCGAGGACAUCUCCCUCUUCGAGAUCAACGAGGCGUUCUCCGCGGUCGUCCGGAUAGCCGAGAAGGUGCUCGGCAUCGACCCUGCAAAGAUUAACGUUAACGGUGGUGCGGUCGCGCUGGGUCACGCCAUUGGCAAUUCUGGCUCGCGUAUCAUUGUGUCCCUCAUCCAUGCGCUGAAGUCGGGUGAGUACGGCGCGGCGGGUGUUUGCAACGGCGGUGGUGCCGCGUCUGCGGUCGUCAUCCAGAAGUUGUAGAGCCUUGCGUCGGACUAUAGGGAUGUUUCGGAUGGGGGCCUGAUCUGUACUUGCAUUGCUAUCAUGUUUUUCGCUUAAGAUGCAAAACGCUCAUAAUCGCAUUGCUGCCGUGUUGCACUGCA